CUCCUCCAACCCCCACACACUUCCUACUCUCGCCCAGCGCAAUCCAUCAGGCAAACCGCCCUACCCAGUGUCCGUCACUGGCAACAGCACAAGCAUCCGCAAACCUCUUCCAUAAGUCGCACGCCCGCGACUCCGCCGAACCGCCACACUUGCCUGUAGGCAUCGCAGAAGCAACCCCUUCUCACCACAGAGUCGACAACGUCAACUGCGGUAUAUGUAUUCGCGCCAAAUCCACGCCUUCCGAGUCGAAACUCCCCCCAAACUGCAAAAUUUUCGCUGUAUGCGGAUACCGCGCAGUCUCCAUCACUCCACCAACGGUUAACAUUGUGCCUACCUGACCACGCGUCAUACAACCAAACAACUACACACCAGAGACAGCUGUUGCAUGUCUUUUACAGCCUUCAUACGCAUACCAAACCUGACUCCACCCCACCCGUCCUACCUUCAGUAACCACUCAAACCCAGCCAACCUCGCCAUCGCAACCAUGGCUACCGUCAACAUUCGCCGCGAUGUCACCGACCCCUUCUACCGCUACAAGAUGGAGCGUCUCCAGUCCAAGAUUGAGGGCAAGGGUAACGGCAUCAAGACCGUCAUCGUCAACUUGACCAGCGUUGCCAACUCUCUGGCUCGUCCUCCAGCUCAUGUCAUCAAGUACUUUGGUUUCGAGCUUGGUGCUCAGACCAACACCAGCCCCAACGACGACCGCUGGAUCAUCAACGGUGCCCACGACGCUGCGAAGCUUCAGGACUACCUCGAUGGCUUUAUCUCGAAGUUCGUUCUCUGCAAAAAGUGCAAGAAUCCCGAGACCGAGGUCAACAUCAAGGAUGGCAACAUUACCCUCGACUGCAAAGCUUGUGGCAAGAUCUCCGAGGUCGACCCUCGCCUCAAGCUCUCUGCCUUCAUCGUGAAGAAUGAGCCCAAGAAGGGCAAGAAGGACAAGUCUACCAAGAAGGCUGAGCGUCGUGCUCGCAAGGAGGCCGAAGCCAGGGGCGAGGAGUUUUCGCAGAACGGUGGCAGUCCUGGAGAUAGUGCUGAGGACGAUGACAACGGCGAACUGGACAUUGAGGCUGGCAGCGACGACGAGCUCACCAAGCAGAUUCAGGAGGGCGCUGAGGACAUCGAGGAGGCCAAGGAGGUUGAGUGGCACAUCGACACCUCUGAGGCUGCCAUCAAGGCUCGUGCUCAGGACCUGCCUGAGGAUCUCAAGCGCGCUCUUGUUAUCGAGGGUGAAGAUGAAGCUGAGGGUUCCGAGUACGACGUCUUCGGCAAGUGGAUCAUCGACACUGCUAAGGAGAAGGGUGGUGUCGACAAGCUUGACAGCGUCGAGAUAUACCUCAAGGCCAAGGAGCUGGGCAUCGAGACCAAGCACCGCACCUUGACUGUCAUUCCCCAGACCCUCUUCACCGAGAAGAUUGUUAAGCAGAUCGAGGCUCGAGCUCCUAUGCUCCAGAAGCUGAUUACCUCUGAGAAGCAUGAGAAGGCUUUCCUCGGUGGAAUCGAGCGUUUUGUUGGUAACGACAAGCCUGAGCUCAUUCCCCAAGUGUCCGCCAUCUGCAUCCAGGUCUAUAACAACGACCUUGUCAGCGAGGAGGUUUUCAAGCCCUGGUGCCAGAAAGCCUCCAAGAAGUACGUUGACAUCAAGAUCAGCAAGCAGGUCCGCAAGUCUGCUGAGAAAUUCUACGAAUGGCUCAGUCAGGAAGAUAGCGAUGAGGAGGACUCGGAGUAGGGCGCUGAACCUGCAGCUUAAAGGUGUCCUGGUUGGCUUGACGGUUCGACGCUGAUCUUUUCCGUGUAAUUUGAACGUUUCACGUUCCGAUGACAGCAUUGUAUCUCUUUCCCUAUCAUUGUUUGAACGGCGCGUGGGCAACUUCACUCCUGUAGCUUUGCAAUAUUAAGAUGAUUGGUUAGCUGUAGGCGUUACAGUCCCUACCAUAGUCUACCAGUAAAAAAAGUGUUGCGAAAGCAUUUCGCGGCUCCAC